CGGCUGCCCCUUGAAGGAGAGCGCCCCGCGAACAGCCAGAAAAAGAAAGAAAAGGAGGAGGAGGAGGGAGCGCCGCAAGUUCAGGUUUGGUACCAAGUUGGAGCUGGGCUGGCGGGCGCGGAUAGGAGAUGGAUAAGGAUGAGAUCCACCUGCGCAGGCUGCCGCCCGCAGCGCCCUGGGGACCGCACGCAGACAGUGAGUUUCAUGGGGUGGAAUUUCUGCCAGAAGAUCUCAGUGAGGCCCCAAACAAGACGGGAAUGAGGGUGAACGAAAAAUAUUCCUGUCUACCCGCCGAGGAGAAGGGGAUCCACAUUAUCAACAUCCGAGCUAUUGAGGAUAUCGGAUAUGUUCAGCAUGAAAGUACAUUGUUAAAUUCCCUAUCCAGAAAUCCAGAUGCAGACUGCAAAUAUGGACUCUACUUUAGAGAUGGCAAGAGAAAAGUGGAUUACAUCCUAGUUUAUCAUUACAAGAAGUCCUCGGCAGGGAAGACGCUCGCCAGGCGAAUUCAUCACAAUGAUUCAAGUGCCCGAAGCACCAAGCAGGAUCAGCCGCUUCCUGGGAAGGGAGUGCACCUGGAGAUGGUGGAAAAUGAGCCUCACGUGGACUACCAUGAGGAUGACAAGAGGUUUCGCCGGGAGGAGUACGAAGGAAACCUCAUGGAGGCUGGUCUGGAACUGGAACGAGAUGAGGAUACUAAAAUCCUUGGGGUUGGAUUUGUAAAAAUACAUGCACCGUGGAAUGUGUUGUGUCGAGAGGCAGAAUUUCUUAAGCUCAAGAUGCCCACAAAAAAGAUGUAUGAGAUCAACCAGACCCACGGUCUUCUGAAAAAGAUUAAUUCUGUAAUUCAAAAAAUAACAGAACCCAUCCAACCAAAAGUAGCAGAACACAAACCACAGACAGUGAAACGCCUCUCCUACCCGUUCUCCAGAGAGAAACAGCACUUAUUUGAUUUGUCUGACAGAGAUUCCUUCUUUGACAGCAAAACUAGAAGCACUAUAGUUUAUGAAAUAUUGAAAAGAACGACAUGUACCAAAGCAAAAUAUAGCAUGGGGAUCACCAGCCUGCUUGCCAAUGGAGUUUACAGUGCUGCAUAUCCUUUGCAUGAUGGUGACUAUGAAGGUGAAAACGUGGAACCUAAUGACAGAAAACUCCUGUGUGAGGAGUGGGCAAGCUAUGGAGUCUUUUAUAAAUAUCAGCCCAUUGACCUGGUGAGAAAAUACUUCGGAGAGAAGAUUGGACUGUAUUUUGCCUGGCUGGGAGUUUAUACACAAAUGCUUAUUCCAGCUUCGAUUGUAGGGAUUAUCGUUUUUCUUUACGGCUGUGCAACUGUGGAUGAGAAUAUACCAAGUAUGGAAAUGUGCGACCAGAGAAACAAUAUCACCAUGUGUCCCCUAUGUGACAGAACGUGCAGUUACUGGAAAAUGAGCUCUGCUUGUGCAACUGCUCGUGCAAGUCAUUUGUUUGAUAACCCUGCGACUGUCUUCUUUUCUGUCUUCAUGGCUCUCUGGGCUGCUACGUUUAUGGAACACUGGAAGAGAAAACAGAUGCGUCUCAACUACAGAUGGGACCUGACUGGCUUUGAAGAGGAGGAGGAUCAUCCAAGAGCAGAAUAUGAAGCUAAAGUUUUAGAAAAAUCACUGAGAAGAGAAUACAAACACAAAGAGACCGACAAAGAAAAAUUGACAUGGAAGGAUCGUUUUCCAGCCUAUCUCACCAAUUUUGUUGGCAUCAUCUUCAUGGUUGGGCUGACAUUUGCUAUCGUAUUUGGAGUCAUAAUAUACAGAAUCUCAACUGCAGCAGCUCUAGCAAUCAGUUCAACUCCAUCUGGCCGGUCAAGUGUUAGGGUCACUGUCACUGCCACCGCUGUCAUUAUCAAUUUGGUUGUCAUCAUCAUCCUGGAUGAAGUAUACGGCUGCAUAGCAAGGUGGCUAACUCAAAUCGAGGUUCCAAAAACUGACAAGAAUUUUGAAGAGCGUCUGAUUUUUAAGGCUUUCCUUCUGAAAUUCGUCAAUGCCUAUACACCCAUUUUCUAUGUUGCUUUCUUCAAAGGCCGAUUUGUUGGACGUCCAGGAGACUAUGUGUACAUUUUUCACUCUUUCCGCAUGGAAGAGUGCGCUCCUGGUGGCUGCCUAAUGGAGUUGUGUAUCCAGCUCAGUAUUAUCAUGUUGGGCAAACAGCUGAUUCAGAACAAUUUAUUCGAGAUUGGCAUCCCAAAAAUGAAGAAAUUUAUAAGAUACAUGAAAUUAAAGCGUCGACGUUCUUUAGACCAUGAAGAGCACAUGAAAAAAAAGCAGCGUUAUGAAGUGGACUAUAACCUGGAGCCUUUCGCUGGACUUACCCCUGAAUACAUGGAAAUGAUCAUUCAGUUUGGAUUUGUAACCUUGUUCGUUGCAUCCUUCCCACUGGCUCCGUUGUUUGCUUUGCUGAACAACAUCAUUGAAAUCCGUCUAGAUGCAAAAAAAUUUGUUACCGAGCUGAGGAGACCAGUAGCAGUCAGAGCAAAGGAUAUAGGAAUCUGGUAUAAUAUCCUCAGAGGUAUAGGAAAACUUGCUGUCAUAAUAAAUGCAUUUGUGAUCUCAUUCACAUCUGACUUCAUUCCACGCCUCGUGUACCUGUAUAUGUACAGUGAGAAUGGCACCAUGCAUGGCUUCGUGAACCAUACACUAUCCUCUUUUAAUGUCAGCGAUUUUCAAGCAGGAACAGCUCCAAACGACCCUAUGGAUCUUGGCUACGAGGUCCAGAUAUGCAGAUACAAAGAUUAUCGAGAACCCCCUUGGUCUGAAAACAAGUAUGACAUUUCAAAGGAUUUCUGGGCUGUCUUAGCAGCAAGAUUAGCAUUUGUGAUAGUUUUCCAGAACUUGGUCAUGUUUAUGAGUGACUUUGUUGACUGGAUUAUCCCAGACAUUCCCAAGGACAUUAGUCAGCAGAUUCAUAAAGAGAAAGUUCUCAUGGUGGAGGUCUUCAUGCGAGAAGAGCAAGGAAAGCUGCAAAUGCUAGAAACCUGGAAAGAUAAGGAGACAAAAAAAGGUGAAAACUGUAACAGUCACAGCCCCAAACUCUCCAGGAGCCACAGCGGGAGCUUGUCCUCCUGCCAUUCGUAUCCUGUUGAUGUAUAGAAGAGGAGGGAGUUGAGCAUAUCGGGGCAUUCCACUGAUGAACAAGCCAUCACAGAAAGGGCAGGACUUGAUUAAUAAUGGACGACCUGGUGCAUGUUUAAGGAUGUGCUGCCGUUCUGUGCCCAUCUUUGUGAGAAAUGCUCUCCUUACAAAUAUGGAGGACCACGUUCUAUUUCUGAUCUCUUUUUUUUUUUUUUUUUUCCUUUUGCACAAGCAGUAAUGCAGGGAAUUUUUAUAUUUCAAGGUUAGAUAACACUAUUGAUGUUGGUGUGCAUUAAUACAUGCAAGUACUUAGUACAUCUUGAUAGGGAUGUUCUCUGAGAAUUUGACCUUAGCCUAUUAAGUAAAUAAAGAUAAAUUUUAAGUAAUAAUACUAUUAAUAUUUAAAAUAUUUUUGGAACCACAGGCCUGAGAGUCUGUGGGCAACUCUACAAAGUAUCUGAAAAACUGUUUUAGAGUGUGCUCCCUUUCUCAAGAAGAGAGAAAUGAUAUAAAGCUUACUGGGCUAAUUCACUUUUAAAGAUAGGAUUUAGAUCUGCUGGCAGACUUCUGUGUUUGAACCUGUAGGUCAACCUGUAGGCAAACAAAGCUGCCAUUGAGUCAGCUGAAGUAUAGAGAGAAACAAACGUGUGGGGCACUUGUGGCCACCUGCUGUAUACUCAAGACCUCCACUGGGGCACUGUCCUGUUCAGAAACUUCAGAAGAUUGCAUCAAAAUUGGAUGCCUUUAUCUUCAUCCCAUGGAAAGCUGCUUGCUCAUUGGCAAAGCUGUUUUUACUAAUGUGGAUGAAGCUACCUCAGUGCCCCAGCCUGCACCAUGUGUUUGAGCAAUCCCCUUAAGAUUCCCCACUUACAGCAACGCAGCAGCAGCAGCACAAUUUCUGAGACCCUUCCCAGCAGGUGGAUUAUCACUAGUGCAUUUUGUUAAAUGCCCUGAAUUAAUGAGCACAUGUAGAGCUACAGUGUCCCACACUGCCCUGCCUAGUACUUGGACACUGUUGUUCCUGAGGAGUUACACAUUUUCCCAUUGUAUUAGCACAUCCCUUCCUUCGACAGGUUUUUCUCUGUAGCCCUCUGUUCUCUGCAGGAGAGGGAGUCUGUACCCGUUUUUCAUGGCCAGUUGCCCCUGCAGACUUUGUACUAUUGGAUGGCAUAUCCCAGAAGCUAUGCCAAAAGGGGUAAAUCCAAACCACAUACCAAAUAUUGUCUUCAGUGGAAGUUUUUCCUGCACUGGGCCUACAGGACCAGACCUUCAGUUACAAGGCUUUUAUUUUGUCUUAAAAUACCCUAGCUUUUGUACAAGAAACUUCCUUAAAGUGUAAGUCUAAUGUCCUUACUUAUGAAGCCUAUCUAAUUCUCAUCAGUGCAACUCUUUUUAUGUAUCAUACAUUUUAGUUUUGCUUUGUCAAUGAUAAACUGCACUUCCAAAUAAUAUUGGUGCAAUUAAUCUCAUUUCUUUUAUUGCUGUCUUGUCCAUGGCACUUACAUAACAAAUAUAAAACUGAAGAAUAAAAUAAAAACUAAAGAUAUUCUUUAAAGUGUAACUACUGUAUGGUUUGUUACAAAACCAAACAUCAAGACUGUUUUCAAGAAAAGUUAGUUUCUCUUUUUCCAUUUCUUUUUCUUUGCCAAACUAAUUUAAAGAUUAAUGCUAGAACUUUAAAAGAUGCCAGAUUUAGCUUUUGCUAUAUUUAUUUGUUUUAAAGUAUGUGAUAAACUUGAUAAUUUUCUAUGGUCUGUCCAAAGAAGGUACCAGAAAAGAAAUUAUGUGGAAGAAAGAAUGAUAUUAACCAAAUACUCUUAAAGCUAAUUUAAAAUAUUGAUCCAACCAAAGAUUUUUAUUAAUAAAGGGCUUAUAUUUUGCUAUCUCUUGUUUCUGUUGUAUUUUGACUUGCAGGAAUGUCACUAUUUUAAAAAUUUAUAACUUAUGAUAGCUUACUAUUAUGGGGCCAAAUCCUGCUCAGUUUAUUCACAUGAUAAGCAUUAUGCCUGGCAGUAAGUUUUUACAAGAUCAGGCCCGUUGACUGCAAUAGAACUGUGAAUGUGAAUAAAUUAAGCAGAAUUUUGCCCACAAAUCCUGUUGGAAAAAUAUUCUUCCUUUCAUUCCUUCAUAGCCUAAACGUUCUACAAGAAAGUCAAAUACGAACUACCUAUUCUGAAGACAAAUGUUAAGGAACUUCCUCUAAAGGAAUUUCUUCUGUAAAUAUUUACCUAAAAGUGUUCCCAGUUUAAUACUGACAUUCCUGUAAAUAGUAAAACUAUAUCCUGAACACACAUGUAUCAGAAUUUUUCUUUAUUUGCUGAAAUCAUGAAAUAGUAACA